UUUCCUUUUCACAACAGACUUUAUAUAAAAAGAUGGGUGGUUACCUAUCAAAAGAAAAGACCGACCCAAAUGACUUUGAAAAAGUUUUAUCAGAAUUAGAUGGAAAGAUACAAAAAGCUGAAAUUCGAUUAUCAGAUAUUAAAGUACGUCAACGUAGAACAGGUGUUUUAGUAGUUACUUAUAGUACACUGGUUUGGCUUGUCUAUGUUGCCUAUUGUUUCUUAACUCUUCAUCAACAUGAUUCUUCUUUUGACAUGAUGGCUACUCAAGUCGCGUUCAUUCUUGUUAUUCCUAUUGGUAUUUAUUAUUUAAGAAAAGUACUGGUUUGGUUUUAUGCCAGGAAACAAACCUCUGAAGAAUCUAAUUUAUCCUCACUACGUGCUCAACAAAAACUCAAGGUUGAAGAACUCAAAAAGAAAACAUCUUAUUAUACAACACAGUCCUUAUUGGAAAGAUAUGAUGCUGAAGCUCAAGAAAAAAGAAAACAACUGGAACAACAGGAACAACGAAGACAACAACAAUUAAAACAACAACAGGAACAACAGCAACAUCAAAAACAACAACAACAACAAUUACAGCAACGUAAACCAGUAUCGAUGCCAGGACCAAGAAUGAUGCAAGCUCAUCAAGGAAAUCAGCAACCCAACAAUGUUCAUCCCAAUAAUGGUCCUAGUACUAAUCCCAUGGUACAACCUUUACAGGCAUAUCAAAAAGAACCCAUUCAAGAAUCGAAAAGUUGGAUUGAUAGACUCGUUGAUGCCCUACUUGGAGCGGAUGGGCCAGAAACAAAAUAUGCCUUGAUUUGUAAUCAUUGUUUUACUCAUAAUGGAUUGAUAUUACCUGAUGAAGUGGAAACCAUUCAAUAUACCUGUCCUAUAUGCCAUCAAUUUAACCCAUCUCGACAAGCUCGAAAAUUACAUCCUGAUGGCCCAGUAUUGCCUCCUCAGACACCUUCACCAUCUAUGGCUCAGCACAAAGAAGAUAUCGGCAAAAAAGAACUUGAUGUAAACAGUGAACAAAGUCAGUUGGAUGUGGAAAAGGAACAAAAUAUGGAUAAUGAUGAUUCUAUUGCCAACAGGGUAAGACGACGCCGUGGAUAUUCUCCAGCAAACAAUGAUAAAGACAACAAUAUUGAUAAUGACACCAGUGACAACAAUAUCGAUGAUGACAACACCAAUGAUGACAAUGAAAACAAAAAGAGUUUAUGAUAAUCAAAUAUCAUAAUUUAGUAUAAUUAUUUACUUUUUUAUUUUGUUAUGAUGAAUAAUAAAAAAAUGGUUAGUUUGUAUUCUUGCUGCAUAUACAGUU